GCUACGUCUUCCUUGAUGCUGACUACCUCCAAGACCUGAACAACCUUUUCGGUUACGUGAGCGGCGAGACAGAAACGUUGGCGGCACUCUGCACGCAAGAGCUGCUCACGAGGCCCUGGUGCGCAGGCGAGUUGACCACGGCACGCUUGACCAAGGUCGACGUCGUGCUCCUCAUCUUCCCAGGUUUCGAGUGGCCCACGCUAGACUUCGUGGAGAGCUACGACGCUCAUGUGCCUGGCGUCUCUGGUCUGACUCCAUUUGGUAUUAGCUUGGAAAUGGUGCAGUUUUUGCCCGGACUACGGCGCGCCGGGGUCGACAGCCACGACAUCGAUGCAGUGUGGGACUUGCGCGCAAAGCAACGGGCCUACAUCCAGCUGGACGCGUCCUUACGGAGCGAGCACUUCGAGAUCUUACGCCCAGACAUCGCGAACGAGGCGUUUGAGGAGUAG